UAGUUACCAUGCUCCUCUGGGACCAAGGCAAAUUUACGAACACGCCUAUUUCUGCCUACUCUUUGCUCGCCUAGCUACCCUCUACUAUAAAUAUAUAUAGGGAAAGCUUGUCCCCCCGCCCGCUAAACUCACCCUCGGCUUUCCCCUUUCGGUCUACAUAAGAGCUUUCAGGUGUUUUUAUCCCCUUAGUCAGUUGGAUUCCUUGGAAAGUUGUUAGUCUGACAGCCUUGGCCUGACCCAAGAUCCGGGAAGAGCUCUCUCUGCGAGUGGGAAACCUUUUUCCCUUCACCUCUUUCCCUCAAGGGAACUAGGUAGACUAUUUUCGUGAGAUUCAGCUUGUCUAUUGAAGGUCUUGCUAUUGUAACUUUAGCGUUCUUGACUUUGGUUCGAGUUCAGAUCGCCUGGCACUUCCUAGUUUGACCGUCGAUACAACCACAUUUAAUGUAUGCACCCUAAUACAUACACAAUUCAAAAUCUCUAUCUUAAACUCGGUCCUCAUGUCGUUGAAACACUUUGCUGGGCGUCUCCCCUCUGCUUGGAGACGCAGGUAUUCUAUCUCGCCAUCAUUAAAGAGGCCUGUCACCGAAAAUGGAUCGGCUGCCGGACGAGGGUGGUCUAAUGCGGCAGACAACAACCCGAAAUGGUCAGGCCGCUCUGUGUUCGCCCUGUCGGCCACUGCUGGUUUUUUAGGAUUCGGACUUGCUACGGCGUCGCUACAAGGGCCCCCGAAGCGUGCCGUCACACUUCUUGAUAGUAAGAUGCCGACUCCCCAGUACGCAUCCUUGGUCGAAAUGGAAGAUGCAUUAGAUGAAAUUCGUCGUGAGAUCUCCAAAAAGGGCGGAGAGGACAUCAUCAGUACAGAUCCGGAAGAUCUUCUUGCGCACGGGUAUUCUGAAUGGUCGACUGUAAACCCCGAUGGGCUACCAGUUGCCGUUGCGUAUCCGCGUUCAACAGAACAGGUCUCGAUUAUUGCCAGUAUCUGCCAUAAGUACCGGAUACCUAUCAUCCCCUAUUCCGGAGGGUCUAGUUUGGAAGGAAACUUCUCGGCCCCUUAUGGUGGCAUCAGUGUCGAUUUCGCGUACAUGGACCAGAUAAUCCAGUUCAACAAGGACGAUAUGGAUAUUGUGGUUCAGCCGAGCAUUGGCUGGCAAGAUCUCAACGAAAAACUGAGCAGAAUGGGGAGUGGGCUCUUCUUUCCUAUUGACCCUGGUCCAAGCGCCAAGAUCGGCGGUAUGAUUGGUACCAACUGUUCUGGCACGAAUGCAGUUAGAUACGGAACCAUGAAAGAUUGGAUCAUCAACUUAACUGUCGUUCUAGCAGAUGGAACGGUAAUUAAGACGCGGAGACGUCCGAGGAAGAGUUCCGCGGGAUACAACCUCAACGGCAUAUUUGUGGGCUCCGAGGGAACUCUAGGUCUGGUUACUGAGGCUACUCUAAAACUUGCUAUUGUUCCGGAGGAGUUCUCUGUCGCCGUGGUUACAUUCCCCACAAUUCGCGACGCUGCCUCAGCCGCAGCUGGGGUUAUGCAGGCCGGAGUUCCCGUCGCAGCUAUGGAACUCAUGGACGAAGUGCAGAUGAAGGUCGUCAAUAUAGGGGGAGCAACCGCACCGCGCGUAUGGAAGGAAAUGCCGACGCUGUUUUUCAAGUUCUCGGGGACGAAGGCGGGCGUGAAGGAGAACAUCAGUCGCGUCCAAGCUAUCGCUAAAAAUAACAAGGGCAGCAAUUUCGAAUUCGCUAAAGAUGCCCGAGAACAGAAACUUCUGUGGUCGGCGAGGAAGGAAUCUUUGUGGUCGAUGCUGGCUCUGAGGAAAAAUAACGAGGAAGUUUGGUCAACAGAUGUCGCUGUCCCAUUCAGCAGGCUAGCGGAUAUCAUCGAGAUCAGCAAAAAGGAGAUGGACGAGCUAGGGCUUUUCGCUAGCAUCUUAGGGCACAUCGGAGACGGCAACUUCCACGAGAGCAUCAUGUACAACCGGAAAGAUAAAGACGAACUUGAAAAGGUCGAGAAGUGCGUUAAGAACAUGGUCAAGCGAGCAUUAGAAAUGGAAGGGACAUGCACGGGAGAGCAUUCCAUUGGCUGGGGUAAGAAGGAGUCACUUCUGUUGGAGGUUGGCCCGGAUACUUUGGCCGUCAUGAAACAGAUUAAAUCGGCACUCGAUCCUCUGUGGAUUAUGAAUCCUGGGAAGAUUAUGGAUAUUCCAUGAUCAGUUCCUCGCUUCCUGUCGGCCCUGGCUUCGCGCCUACCGCCCCUCACCCCUCCUGAACUUCAGGUAUCAACAGGCAUGGUGCGAUCAACAAAGCUAUGAGCUCACUGGAUUAGAAAAGUGCGCAUCA